AUGAACAAUACUUUCAGUGCUGCAGGACCACACUUUGCAUCACCUGGCAACUCUCAUUGGUCCAGCCCAAUCAGCUGUGACCGCUCUCAUGCAAACUAUGAUCUAUGCUCAAUCAAUGGCCCAACAGUCUUGGACCCAACGGUUUCCACCUUCUAUGUCAUGGGCCCGACAACGUCAACGCUCAUCGUGGAAAAGGUCAGGCCUUACCCGCAAAAGAACUCGAGUCAAACAAUGGACCGGAUCAAAGAGAUCACUCUCACCUCAGGCCCGCCAAGCCCACAAUGCAUGAUCAAACACAAUGCACGAGCCCUAGUAUUCAGUGUUGGAGGUUACACUUGGAAUUUCUUCCAUACCUUCAUUGAUGGGUUCAUCCCACUCUUCAUCACCGUCAAUUCGAUGUUCGCUGACCAAGACCUCGUCCUCGUUAUCACCAACUCCGAGGAUUGGUGGGUUCGCAAGUACGCAGACUUGUUUCACAGCUUUAGCAAACACCCGAUAAUAAUACUCGAAAAUGAUACUUCCACCCAUUGUUUUCCUUCGGCCACGGUGGGCUUAAUAUCACAUGGUUUCAUGACCAUAGACCCAAAACAAUUGCCCAACUCAAAAACUAUCCUACAAUUCCAUGCAAUUCUAGAGCAAACCUAUUGCCAUCGACCGUCUUUCCCUAAAAACCCGUCGCGGCCGAGGCUCAUCCUAGUCACUCGCACUGGCGGACUAGGACGCGUGAUCAUGAACCAAGACGACAUGAAAAGAGUGGCGGAGGAGGAGGGUUUCGAUGUCAUCGAAUUUGAGCCAAAACAUGAGACUCCGCUACGUGAAGCAUGCGAGUUAGUAAGUUCAAGCCAUGCAAUGGUAGGGGUUCAUGGUGCAGCACUCACUUAUGGGUUGUUUCUCCGGCCAGGCUCAGUGCUCAUGCAGGUGGUGGGGCUCGGACUGGACAACGUGGCAGAGUUGUGCUUCGGGAGUUGCUAUAGGGACAUGAAGUUGGAGUACAUGGAGUACAAGAUUGGAGUGGAUGAAAGUAGCUUGGUAGAUAGGUAUGGCAAAGAUGAUGCAAUUGUGAAGGAUUCAAAGGCUCUUCAAGUGGAGUGGUAUGAUGCAAUAAUGGAAGUGUAUUUGAGGCAACAAAAUGUGAAAUUGGAUAUGGUUAGAUUUAGAGAGUAUUUAAAGAAAGCAUACGAAAAGGCAAAGAUACUCAUGCACAAUGAGGGUUAG